AUGGAGAAUUCAGAGACUUCCGGUUGUAGUUCUUGGGAAAGUGUAGAGCCAGAGUAUUUAGAGUUCAUAGAAAAAGGUGGAUGCAUAGAACCAUUGGUGGAAUAUGUUGAUUGCAAGGGAGAAGCUGAGAAGAAGAAUGAAGAUGUCUUCCCUAAGUGUAAGGAAGCCAAAGAUAGAUUGAACAAUUGUUUUAUUGCUCAUCGUGAUUACCAUCAACCGAUUUUGGAGAUCAUGGAACCUGCUAUAGAGCUGGUGGUGAACAAGAUCGAUGCCUUAUUCCCACUGGUAGAUACUGUUUCAACAGAAUCGGCGGACCAACCAGAGGAAGGUGACGGCCCGCUUCACGUGUUCAUGAAUGGAGGAGCUUGCACAGAAUCAUACAUGGCUUUGGAAGAUUGCUUGGUGGAAGUUAUGGAAACCAAUGAAGAUAUCUGUAACUGUACCAAAGCCUUCACGAUGCUGAUGAAGUGUAUGGAUGCUCAUUCUGAUUACUAUCAGCCUAUUCUCGAUGCUGUUUAUGAUGGUAAGACCACUACCGAACUCUUCUCAUAA